UUGAGGAUAAUUUAGUUGCAAAUGUGAGUGGAAACUGAGUUUUUUCAGACCCAGAUCCCGGACUUGAUUGUGACGUAAGUAGUCUUCAUUCAAUACUCGGGAUUCUUGAACAUUUGUGGAAGUUUCAUCCCUGUAGAAUACGCGUUAAGAAACCAUGGCAAGCAGUAAAUCUGAAGAUGCCUCAAAUGACGACGAUUGUAUUGGACCUCUACCUCCAAAAGAUGAACCUCCUCGUAAGAAGAUUAAAGUAUUAGAAAAUGAAGAAUUAUACCUGGAUAAUCUACCAACUGCCGAGUGUUAUGAAAAAAGUUUGAUGCAUAGAGAUGUAAUCACUCAUGUUUUGGUGACUCAGACUGAAUUUGUCAUUACUGGAAGUUGCGAUGGUCACGUAAAAUUUUGGAAGAAAACAGAAGAUUCCAUAGAGUUUGUUAAACAUUUUCGUUGCCAUUUAGGAGCUUUGCAUGACAUGGCGAGUAAUUACAACGGUACCUUACUGUGCACCGUUGCAUCCGAUAAAGCUAUGAAAGUUUUCGAUGUUAUUAACUUUGAUAUGAUAAAUAUGAUUAAAUUGGAUUUUAUGCCAAAAUGUGCUUGUUGGAUACAUUCUUCUGGAGAUGCAAUAUCCUCCGUUGCCGUAUCUGAUAGUGAAAGUAAUAAAAUUUAUGUUUUUAAUGGAACUGGCAAAGAAGAACCAAUUCACGUUUUCCAGAAAUUACAUUCUAAACCUGUUGUAUUAAUGAAAUUUAACCCUGUACAUGAUAUUGCCAUUUCUUCGGACGAAUCCGGAAUUUUGGAGUAUUGGACUGGAGUCAGAUUUGAUUUUCAAUUUCCCAAAAAAGUGAAAUUUGAGUCCAAAUUAGACACGGACUUGUACGAAUUUUUCAAGUGUAAGACUCGCAUAACUGGAUUAUGUUUCAACAAACAAGGCAGCAAAUUUGCCACUAUUUCAUUAGAUCGAAAAGUUAGAGUUUUUCAAUUUUUGACCGGAAAACUUCUGCGAGUAUUAGAUGAAACGUUACCGGUGUACGCGGAAUUGCAAAAAGUAAAAGAACAAAUCCCAAGUGCAGAAUUUUCGAGAAGAAUGGACCGUGAAAGAGAAAUAGACCGAACUGGUACUUUGAGUCUAAGUAAUAUCUUAUUUGAUGAAAGCGGAUAUUUCCUACUAUUUCCGACUAUGCUAGGUGUUAAAAUUGUGAAUUUGUACACUAAUCAGCUCGUAAAAAUUAUUGGAAAAACCGAAAACUUACGAAUUCUAAGAGUAGCCCUAUUUCAGGGGUGUAUUAAUAAAGUUAAAGCUGCUGUUACCAUCGAAAUGAAAGCUUCUGAAAAUCCGACAUUAGAAUCGUCUUUUCCAGACCCUACAUUAUAUUGUACAGCAUUCAAAAAGGAUCGAUUUUAUAUGUUUACGAAAAGAGAACCAGAUGAAGAUGUUGAUCGUGAUAUAUUCAACGAAAAACCCAAAAAAGAAGACAUCAUUUCUGCAACAGAAGCAUCUGGAAUUCAACGUUUAUAUGACACUGCUAUCUUACACACUACAAUGGGAGAUGUUCAUAUCAGUUUGUUCAAAGAAUGUCCUCGUGCUGUGGAAAACUUUUGCGUUCAUAGUAAAAAUGGUUAUUACAAUGGGCACAUAUUCCAUCGUGUUAUUAAAGGAUUUAUGAUACAAACUGGAGAUCCUACCGGGACUGGAACUGGCGGUGAAAGUAUUUGGGGAGGAGAAUUUGAGGAUGAAUUCCGGCCAAAUUUGAAGCACGAUCGGCCGUAUACAGUAAGCAUGGCUAAUGCAGGUCCAAACACAAAUGGUAGUCAAUUUUUCAUUACUGUGAUGCCUUCGCCAUGGUUGGAUAAUAAACAUACAAUAUUCGGAAGAGUUGUUAAAGGUAUGGAAGUGGUCCAGAACAUCAGCAAUCUAAAAACCAACCCUAAAAAUGAUAAACCGUAUGACGAAGUUCAAAUAAUUAGCGUUACAGUCAAGUAACCGAAACUGAAAAAGACCUUGUAUUUUGAGCAGAUCCUCAAUUUUCUGAUUUUUUUUUUCUUUAGACGUCUCGAAUGUCUCGAUGGAGAAAAUGCGUGUAAGUACUGUGGUUAAGUAUUAGUAUGUGUUUUGUAUUUUCUUUUGAAAUUCGUGCAUUGAUAUUUUAAUAAAACAUUAGUGAAAA